UCCCACCCUCCCUGAUUAUCUCCCCCUCUGUCAGGACACCAUGGUAUAUCCCAGGACCAGACUGGGAAGAUUGAGAGGUCUCACUAUCAGAUGCACCCACUGGCCAGCUGGUCAAGGACUGUGAAAAGGUAACAUCAAGAUGCCAAAAGUUGAAAAAGCUGUGCUCCAGAAUGACCCUAGUGAAACAGAGAGUGGGGCUCAUAAGCCUAAAACACCAGAGCAGAGCCAAGAAGACAAUACCUUACAUUUAGGUGACCACUUUCUAGAGAGUCAACCAGAAGCACUUUCUAUCACUCCUCUUACGGAGAGAGUUAAUGUAGUUUCCAACCUGAACAUUGCUCAUGAAAUCAUAGUGAACAAAGAUUUAUAUGUGGAAGAGAAAGAUUUACCUCCAAACAGUCUGGAAAGCAGGUUUGUGGAGACAAUGUACAAUGCUUUUUGGGAACAUCUACAUGAGCAGUUAUCAAGUACUCCUCCUGACUUCUCUUGUGCCCUUGAACUUCUGAAAAAAGUUAAGGAGAUCUUGCUAUCACUGCUAUUACCACGCCAGAAUCGUUUAAGAAAUGAGAUUGAAAAAGCUCUGGACAUGGAUCUCCUCAAACAGGAAACAGAGCGUGGAGCCCUGAAUGUUUAUCAUCUCUCCAAAUUUAUUCUUGAUUUGAUGAGCCUGCUAUGUGCACCAGUUCGAGAUGAAGCAGUGCAGAAUCUAAAGAGCAUAACAGAUCCAGUACAAUUGCUUAGGGGCAUCUUCCAUGUUCUGGGUCUGAUGAAGAUGGACAUGGUAAACUACACUAUACAGAGCCUUCGACCCUACAUCCAGGAACAUUCGGUCCAGUAUGAACGAGCUAAAUUUCAGGAACUCCUUGAUAAACAGCCCAAUCUUCUCAAUUAUACCACAAAAUGGCUAACCAAAGCAGCCAUAGACCUCACUACACCAUUUCCAAGUUCUGACUCUCCCAGCUUCUCCUCCAGCAUAGACUAUUCAUCUCCAGAUCAGGAACCUAACAACCUAGAACUUCCCAGUCUCACAAUGGUGCUAUACCAGGGGUACUUGAACCUCCUUCUCUGGGGUCAUGGAAAUGAAGAAUUCCCUGAGACUCUGCUGAUGGACAGGAUCCGGCUCCGGGAGAUGGAGUCCAAAUUGCACCGCUUAACUAUCCUGGCCUCAGUCUUGUUGGUGGCAAGAAGUUUCUCUGGCAGUGUUUUAUUCAGCUCACCUGAAUUUGUAGAUAAAAUAAAAUAUAUAACUAAGGCCCUAACUGAAGAAUUUAACUCCAGGCCUGAAGAGACUAUGCAGAAUGUGAGUGAACAGGUAUCUGAGGAAAUUCAUAAAGGUCUUAAGAACAUGGGCCUCACUGCUCUGAGUAGUGAAAAUACAGCAUCUCUUAUAGGCCAACUCCAGAACAUUGCCAAGAAAGGGAAUUGCAUUCGUUGCAUCAUUGAACAGAGGAUCCAUUUGUUUCUGAAAUGCUGUUUGGUUCGUGGCAUGCAGGAGUCUUUGCUAGACUUUCCUGGAGGCCUUCUUUUCAUUGAGGGGGAGUUGGCAGAACUGGGUUGGAAGUUUAUCACUCUGAUGCAUCACAAUCAGCAGGUAUUUAGCCCGUAUUAUACUGAGAUCCUAAAUAAUGUCAUCCUUCCUGCUCAGGCACAAGAAACAGAAGUAGAGCCUAUCUAAUUGUGCUGGACCCAGCCAUGGCAACAGGGACCCAGAAGAGAGGGUUCAGCAUGUUCCUGGAAUAACAUCACCUAUGGCCAACAAAGCAGGCAGCUCUCUCCCUUACUACAGCUGCAAGGGUCAAAUAUAUAAAAACCAAUUGGCCCUUAAAUACCACCUUCCCUUAAUAAAUUUAUGAGCUGCAAGAAAACCUCAAUUCCUUCUGUGAAA